AUGUUGACAUCAGUCGGACGGGCUGCCGCCCGUCGCGUAGUCGCCGGUAACCGACUCGCGCUCACCACGAAUGGUGUUGCCAUUCCACGCGCCACCUUUGUCGCUCGCGCUAUUCCUAUCCGCAGCUUCAGCGUCUCACAGAGGACUCGCCAAGCGACCGCGACAGAUUCGCCCGCGAAGCCCAAGAAGGCCACCAAGGCCAAAAAGUCUACCAAGCCCAAGGCCGCCAAGGCAAAGACUAGCAAGGCCAAGAAGCCUGCGGUCAAGAAGCCCAAGAAGGUACCCACGCCGGAGGAGGCUGAGAAGAAGAAGAUCAAGGAAUUGAAGGCCAGGGCUUUGCUGAAGGAAGAGCCAAGGCCUGGGCCGCACGCGGGACAGACGGAGUGGACCAUCUUUGUUGGCGAGAACACGCCCACGCCCCUGCAGAAGCCGCUGGCCGAGCACGUCAGAGAGCUGUCGGCUAGGUUCAAGGACAUCUCCUCCUCGGAGAAGCAGCGUCUGGCUUCUCAGGCCGAGGCGAACCGUCAAGCAUACCAGAACAAACGUCAGUCCUGGCUGGCCAGCCUCGAUGUAGCCGAUGUCUACAGCGCCAACCUGGCGCGCAGCCGCCUACGGAGGGCGCUCCCCAAGAAGCAGUUUUCAAAGCUGGAAGAUGACCGUCUCCCCAAGAAGCCUGUGGAGGGCAUGAACCUGUACGUCCAGGAGCGCAUGAAGGGCCAGUCGGGCAGCUCCGUAAUCUUCAGCGAGGUGGUCCAGGAGUGGAAGAACAUGGACGCAGCACAGCAGCGAUCGUACAAGGUUGCCAGCGAGCCCGCGCUCGUGGCUUGGCGCCAGGCAGUCGAGCAAUUGUCGAACGCAGUUGCCGAGAAGAAGAGGGCCAAGAAGGACGCUGCCAAGGCAGAGGCCGCGGCUGCUAAGGCGGCGCAGAUCCAGGCAAGAGAGGAGAGGAAGGCUGCUAAGGCGGCGCAAAAGGCCGCAUCUGCUUAA